CCGUCCCGGCCCCCCCCCCGGGUUCCCGCAGCCCAGCCCGGCCCAGCCCGGUCCAGCCCGGUUCCCGGGAGGAUGAAGUUCGUGUAUAAAGAGGAGCAUCCGUUCGAGAAACGCCGCUCUGAGGGCGAGAAGAUCCGAAAGAAAUACCCGGACCGGGUUCCGGUGAUAGUAGAAAAGGCUCCCAAAGCUCGGAUAGGAGACCUGGACAAAAAGAAAUACCUGGUGCCUUCUGAUCUCACAGUUGGUCAGUUCUACUUCUUGAUCCGGAAGCGAAUUCAUCUCCGAGCUGAGGAUGCCUUGUUUUUCUUUGUCAACAAUGUCAUUCCACCCACCAGUGCCACAAUGGGUCAGCUAUACCAGGAGCACCACGAAGAAGACUUCUUUCUGUACAUCGCCUACAGUGAUGAAAGUGUCUACGGUCUGCGAAGCUGCUGCCCCUGAGGUGGGGGGGUCUCAUUCUACAAAGAGGUGGCCCCCCUUCCCUGACCUACUCCUCCCCUGGGCUCAACCACCACCUCCCUUCUUCAGGACCUGCACUUCCUAAUGUUUGAGGCUCUCCUCCAGCCCUUCUUAGCCGGAGGGCUCUGGGGGAGGUGGCCUCUUGGACCUUUCCUCUCUCCUCUUUCUCUUACCAGCUUUCCCACUCUGCUUUAGACUUCUCAGUUGUCAAUCUCUGUCACCCCCACCAGUGAUUGUUUUGGUUUCUGUUCCCUUUCUAACUGCCCAAGGGGCUUAGAACCCCAACAUUCCCUUCCUUUCACUACCUUCUUUUUUGGGGGUAGAUGGAAGGGACUGAAAUUGUGGGGGGAAGGUAGGAGGCACAUCAAUAAAGAGGAAACCACCAAGCUGAACUGGA